GGGUCCACUGCGCAUGUGCGAAGUGAACCGGCGAGAAGGUCAAGAUGGCGGCGGCCAUGGCCGGGGCCCUGGGAGUCCGAUGGCUGCAGAGGGCAGUCCGGAGCGCGGUGCCAUUGGGUUCACGGACAGCCUUCCAUAUGACUAAGGACAUGCUCCCCGGGCCCUACCCCAAGACCCCCGAAGAACGGGCCGCCGCUGCCAAGAAGUAUAAUAUGCGGGUGGAAGACUACGAGCCCUACCCGGAUGAUGGCAUGGGGUAUGGCGACUACCCGAAGCUUCCUGACCGCUCUCAGCAAGAGAGAGAUCCGUGGUAUGAAUGGGACCACACAGACCUGAGGCUGAACUGGGGUGAACCGAUGCACUGGGACCUAGACAUGUAUAUCAGGAACCGUGUGGACACCACCCCCACGAAAGUUUCUUUUGAUGUCAUGUGUAAGCAUCUGUUCGGCUUUGUGGCCUUCAUGGUGUUCAUGUUCUGGUUGGGUGAGAUCUAUCCCACCUACCAACCAGUGGGUCCAAAGCAGUAUCCUUAUAAUAACUUGUACCUGGAACGAGGCGGUGAUCCUACCAAAACGCCAGAGCCGGUGGUUCACUAUGAGAUCUGAGGAGGCUUCCUGGGCUCUCUGCCUCCUCCUUUCCUUCUCACUCUUCGAGGUUCCAUCUCAGUGGAAUCCCUAAUAAAACCUAGUGCUACGGUC